GACAGCUGCCAGUGUAUGUCAGGAAGAGCCCAGGAGCUAGUCUCCCUCAGCAUUGGUCCUCCAGGCUUGAGGGAUUCUCCAACCAGAGAGCUAGUGUCAGAUCAUAGCAGGAGGUUGAGGUCCUGGGAGCUGGCUGCAGUUUGCUUACCCUGUCCAGAGUGUCCUCCCUCAGACAAGGAUCUCUUCUGGGAGCCGAACACAGACAGAGAGGUGGGCUCCAGCAAGAACAAGGGGCUGUGCUAAAUCCCAGUCUUCAGUCAACUUCACCUCCUCCUCCUCCCUCUACUGUGCAGGCUCAGCAAAAAGAGGUAAAGAAGCUGCGUUGAAUUCUCCCUUCAAGAUUUCUCACCCUCCUGGUGAGCAGAAAUGGGAGACUGGAGUUUCCUGGGAGAGUUCCUUGAGGAGGUCCACAAACACUCUACGGUGGUGGGGAAAGUCUGGUUGACAGUGCUCUUUAUCUUCCGGAUGCUGGUACUGGGUACAGCAGCUGAGUCCUCCUGGGGAGACGAACAGUCUGACUUCAUGUGUGACACCCAGCAGCCUGGCUGUGAGAAUGUCUGCUACGAUAAGGCUUUCCCCAUCUCCCAUGUCCGGUUUUGGGUCCUCCAGAUCAUCUUUGUCUCCACGCCAUCUCUUGUGUAUAUGGGUCACGCAAUGCACACGGUGCGUAUGGAAGAGAAGAGGAAGAUGAAGGAGGCAGAAAUAGAGGCCCAGGAGAUGAAAAACAAUGGUGACACAUACUACCAACAGAAGUGCCCCGUGGCAGAGAAGACUGAGCUGUCUUGCUGGGAUGAAUCAGGAGGAAAAAUCAUACUCAGAGGCAGUCUGCUGAACACCUAUGUCUACAGCAUUUUGAUUCGCACUGCCAUGGAAGUGGCUUUCAUUGUUGGACAGUACAUCUUGUACGGGAUCUUCCUGGAGACCCUGUACAUCUGCCAGAGGGCACCUUGCCCCCACCCUGUCAACUGCUACGUUUCCCGUCCCACGGAGAAGAACGUGUUCAUCAUCUUCAUGCUGUCUGUGGCAGUGCUCUCCCUGUUCCUCAGCCUAGCUGAGUUGUACCACUUGGGCUGGAAGAAAGCCAAAGAGAGGUGCUCCCGAUCUUACAAACCCAGCCCCAGCACAGCCCCCGGCAGACUGGAGUCUGCCCCACAAGUAGAAAGGGCCCAGAUGUACACUCCUCCACCAGAUUUUAACCAGUGCUUAUCAAGCCCCAAUGGGAAGUUCAUCAGCCCGUUCAGCAACAAGAUGGCCUCCCAGCAGAACACUGCCAACUUUGCCACCGAGAGGGUCCACAGCCAGGAGGAUGCUGCUGGUGAAGGGUCCUUCAUUAAGUCCAGCUAUGUGGAGAGUCCAGAGGCGGCCAACGACAGUGCAGCACCCGCCUUCCCUGAAAACUACUUCAAUGAGAAACGCCGACUCAGCAAGACCAGCCGUGCCAGCAGCAAGGCAAGAUCAGAUGAUUUGUCUGUGUGAGCCACUUUCAGGGCGGAUGAGUAGCAGUCUGAGCGUUUAAUAAGAUUUCUGCUAAGUGGGCUCCAGACUCUUGCCACUAACCUCUCUCAGUUUUAACACCCUCUUGCUCCUUUUCAGUGAACAUCAUCAUUAUAUUGCAGACAGCACCUCUCACAGCUUAAGGCAGAGGCAGCUGACAGAGAUGCAGAAUGAAGAGAAGCACCAGUGUCAAGAUGUGAAGUUCUCGGCCAUAUUUUCAUCAUCGGAACCACAGGGAUUGAUGACUUGCCAUCCUUAGCCUUGUAGAGCACAGGCAAGCAGAUUCCUGAGGCUGCCCAGCACAUAUCCACUGCAACACUGUAUGCAACAGAUCAACCAACCUCGAUUCUCUUACAUCUUCUUUGGUCUCUAUUCAACAUAUUAUACUUUAGCUUGGUAAUUAUACUAAACUGAACCUUCUCACCCCUGCAGGGAGCAGAAAGACACCAGCAGACUAUCUGAAAGAAAGAUUUUCUCAUCUGCUUUGUUCUCAAUCUUCCUAAUCCUCCGCUUCUCUAUCUGAGCCCAGAUAUUUUAUAUGAGUUUACCUAUACAGUAAAUCCUACUUGAAUUUUUUGACACCCUGUAUAUAGCUCUUCCCGAUAGAUAAGGACAUUUGUGGUUUCCCACGCACAGCUGCCUCAUGUCUAACGUCGGAAUUCCUUCCUCAUUCCUAAGUCAGAGCAGCAGACUGGCUAUGAGGCCCGAGGAUAUCACUUAGAUGAUCAGUCAAUGAAUACUAGGGAAUUUUCCCAAGAUACUUUUGUCAUCAAUUCUAAGCAAGACAUCCGUUAACAGAAAUAGAGACUCUCCCAUGAGAACAAAUAUCCUACUAGUAAAAAAGAAGGAAUUACUGUGUGGAAUCAAAGUAUUUUUUCCCCUUUUUAAAUUCAUCUUUCAAGCAAUAUGAAUGCUGCUGAAAGGGUGCUCCCAGCUGCCAAAUUGAGAGAAAAAACAUCCUCUGUUUAUCUGCAGAAGAGGUACGGCCUAUGUCUUCUCUCACUAACUACCAAAGCACUUCAGUAUCUUUUGCAAGGAGCAAGAGUCAUCUCCAGGUCCUGCACAUCAUUCAGCUCUUGGCUGCUCUCUCAAGACUGCAAGACAGUGAAAGACAAGAUAUUUGCCCUCACAGCCAGACCCUGUUCUGCCAUCAGGUCAUCUUCAUUUCCAUCCCCAGCGCAUAUGGCAUAAGAAACCACCCAUGGACCAGGUCUUUCCACCAGUGUAGCCUCUCAGAGCUACCCCCUCUCGGGCCCAACACUGCACAGCGAGUCUGGUGGGUGAGGUCUGUAGGUAGCUCCUACUCCAGAUACACUUUCUCACUGCAGAGCUGACUUCUUAAAGAGAAUUGCUAAACAGAGCUAAUUUCCUCCCUGAUGUUUAACCUGUGCUGCCCUUUCAGGCACAGGCCACAGCUUCCCAACAUUGAACUGUGUGAGUGAAUGGCCUGGGACCAGGCUAUGAGGGGACUGAGCCAUUCCCUCUCUUAGGGGCCACUGAAAGGGAUUGUGAAUCCUUGCUCCAAAUAUGUAGUCAGCUUUGGUACAGCUCCCUGUUUAUAUACAUACAUAGUCAUGGAAGGGGGGCGGGGGGGAAACAGGGAAACAAAUUUUUUGUUUGUAAGGUGUUUUAUAUAUGCGUAUUUUUUAAUCCUGAAAAGAUCUGUGUGUUCUCUUUAACAUGGCUUUUCAGUUAAUUGUGCCUAGGUUUCUCCUAAUA